GCUCGGGCGGCGCGACCCCGGAGGGCGGACUCUCUUCACCCUCAUGUCUCCUCCUCCCUCUUCCCUUUUAAAGGACGCCUCGAAGCAGAGCUGUCAGCAUCCAGGGGGCCGUCCGCACUUGGCCACGGUAGCGCCGGCUCCGGCUCGCGUGCGCCCCGGGGACCUGCACGUGGGGAGUCUCCUCUACCAUCCGGCUCUGCUUGGUAACCGGCGACAGUCACCAGUGAGGACGCUGCACUAUCCUGCGGUUGGCAGCCCGGGACCCGACGGCUCUCGAGAGGAGCGGGGAGGGAGGUGACCCGGCCCGGCGCGAGAUGAGCCCUGCCAAGGGCGGAAUCAGCUCCAGCCGCAGCCUCGGCGGUGGCCGCCCGCGCGCCCUGGUCACCUCGCCCCGGUGCACCAUGCUGACCUUCGGCCUGCGGAUCCCGCAGCGCAGCCCCAGUCCCCUGCCCUGCCACUGCUAACCCACGCAGGAGUGUGCGCAGCCUUGCGGGGAAGCGGAACCGUGGUCCCCCAGUGCCGGCUCAGCCUCCCUGCUCUUCAGCCGCGACCUUGCGCGGUGAUGGGGUCGCUACUGGCGCUCUGCCUCCUCGUGGGGUGGCUGCGCUGGAGCCCGGCGAGCGCCCAGCAGCCGGGGGAAUACUGCCACGGAUGGGUGGACGUGCAGGGCAACUAUCACGAGGGUUUCCAGUGCCCCGAGGACUUCGACACGCUGGACGCCACCAUCUGCUGUGGCUCAUGCGCGCUCCGCUACUGCUGCGCGGCCGCUGAUGCCAGGUUGGAGCAGGGCGGCUGCACCAACGACCGAGGCGAGCUGGAACAUCCUGGCAUCACCGCGCAGCCCGUCUAUGUCCCCUUCCUGAUCGUCGGCUCCAUCUUCAUUGCCUUCAUCAUCCUGAGCUCUUUGGUGGCUAUCUAUUGUUGCACCUGUUUGAGACCGAAGGAGCCCUCGCAGCAGCCAAUCCGCUUCUCGCUCCGCAGCUAUCAGACAGAGACCUUGCCCAUGAUCCUCACCUCCACCAGCCUCAGAGCACCUUCCAGGCAGUCCAGCACGGCCACCAGCUCCAGUUCCACAGGUGGCUCUGUCCGCAGGUUCUCCUUUGCCAGGGCUGAGCCAGGCUCCCUGGUGCCCUCGUCACCCCCACCUUACACCACUGGUCAUGCCAUACACCUAACCCAGCCGUCUGGUUUCCUGGUGUCACCCCAAUAUUUCGCCUACCCCCUUCAGCAGGAGCCCCCACUACCUGGGAAGAGCUGUCCAGAUUUCAGUUCCAGUUGACAGGCAGUGGCUGUGAAUCUGCCACGUAGUGAAAUGGCAAAGUGGAAUGCUGCUGCCUUGGCUACCCUCACUUCUGAGGAAAGUUCCCUGGUAACCCAUCAUGGCCAUGGAAGAAAGUUCUAGAAAGAUACAGCACCUUCUAGUCUUGAGAUCCUUGGCUCCAUUCACAGAAGGUCUGCCUUUGCAAACAUGGUGAACAUUACAACUCAUUCACUUUUUAUUAAAAAUAUGCAGCAGUUUGACUUUCAGUUUGAAAGCUGGCUGAAAAUAUUUUAUGGGACAAUUCAGCUGUACUGCUUAGAAAAAUUCUACGUAUUUGCCUGUGUUGAUUGAGUUAUAACACAAAUAUACAGAUAAAUAAGGAAGGAAACAUUCAUAAUUAUAACUAUAAAGGUUCACUUAAAAAUUAACUAUUAAGUAAACUUGAGGGACCAGUGAACCACUUAUUUAUAAUUUUGGGAGUGACCUAACCAUAAGUAAUAUUAGUAUGAUGAGAACAUUUACUUCUUAAAUUAAUAACAAAUUUUGUUUAAAAUAUAAGAGUUUUUUUUUCAAAACACUAGGUUUCAAUAACCACAAGGGAAGUUUAAAGUUUUAAAUAUAUACUCAGACAUUCAUUGUAACACAGAUUCUAUGUAAAAUUGCUUUUCCCACCCACUUGAGGGAAUAUUUAUUGCAGACUUUUUGUUCAGCAACAUUUAGUGUUUAAAUGAAAGUUGGGCAAUUGGGUCUUAAAACAUAUAUUUGUAAAAAUAGUUAUGUAUAAAUGUGAAGAUUUGUAAUUUAAUGUGUUUACCACAUUGACAAUACUAAUUAUUUAGUAGUCACACUGUAACUUUUGUGGAAGUCAGUUCAUCUGUUGGUAUAAUCAUCUGAUAUUAUGUAUCUCAAGUGCCAUCAUGUUUGAUGUCCGAUAACUACAUAUGUGGGCAUAUAUCCUGCUGGGUUAGAAAAAAAAUAAAAGUUCUCUGUUUUCAUGAACUUGAUUCGAAAUUUUAAAUUAAAGUUCUUCAUUUUAUCCCCUUAGUGACAAUUCUUUGCUACUCAAUGAGGGGAAAUGUCUUUAUCACACACUUCAUCUUUCAAAGUUCAGGGAAACAUUUUCUGCAACAGAACUGGUGAGAAGAGCAAAGGAGAUCCAUGUUUAUCACAGCCAUUGACGUGAUGGCUGUGUGUGGCCCUCACAUAUGUUACUUGGCCUGUAGAGUUUGAAUAGCUGGGCAUUUGUUAUAAGAAUCUGAAAUUCGGGCUUCUUGUAACAUGUAGAAGAUGUGGUGCCAGGAGUCCUUCCCUCCCAUGGGGUCAGGUCAGGUCUCUCUGGCAGGAUACCAGCCAUGUCAGCCUUCUACCUGUUCCCCACCUGCCCCAUCUCCUUCAGGGAUGUUGCCUAUCCCAGAUAGUGCAGUUCGGGAAUUAACUUUUGUGAAU